AUGAGAGUAUUAUCUAUAACCUACGUAUUUGCGGUCCUACAAGUCGUCAAGGGCAUCCCGCUGGGGCGGCAAGAGAAAGUGGGCUGUGCAAGUCUCGCUGGAGCCCAGAUUGACAAUGCGGCACAUAUCCAUCACGCUCAAAAUGUGCCUAUAGGAGGGCUCACGCUAUCCAGUAAUGGAAGUCCCGUCAGAAAUGAGCUUCCUCUCUGCCAUGUUCAAGGAACCAUUAACUACAUGGCUGGCGGGGAUGCUACGCCGGACCCACGCGGGAAUAACACCCUUACCUGGGAACUAUUCCUUCCAGACCAGUAUCAUUACAAUGGACGUUUCCUUGCCGUUGGAAACGGAGGCUUCGCCGGCGAUAUUGAUAACGCCACCAUGCUCACAAACCUCAAUUCCGGCUUCGCAGUCGCAGGUUGUGACAGUGGACACCCACUACUCGAAAGUGAAGCCAGUGGACCUAACGACUCUGUACCGUUCUUAGACGAUAUCGCGAAGGUGAAAGCCUGGAUCCACAAUUCAAUAGCCAUGACCACCAAUGUCACGCGAUCCAUCACUGCAAACUAUUACGCUGAGCAACCGGCCUACAGUUAUUUCUGGGGCUGCUCAACUGGCGGUGCCCAGGGCUAUGCACUUGCACAGUACCAUCCUACCUUGUUUGAUGGUAUCUAUGCUGGAAGUCCGGGAAAUUGGUACAGUCACUUGAUACUGAGCUUCCUCUGGAAUGGACUACAUGCGACUGGGGAGGGGUUUAUGAGUCAGGAUGCUUUGAAUCUCAUCACGAAAAGAACAGUAGCUGCCUGUGAUGAGCUAGAUGGUGUCAAAGACGGGUUGAUUGAGAAUCCGUUGAGGUGUGACUUUGAUAUCAGAACACUGGAAUGCCAGCCCGGUCAGACUGCCAUCAGCAACAAUAAGACUAUUUAUGCCGGGCCGAAGGAUCAACGUACCGGAAAGCAGAUCUAUCCCGGCUUCGAUCUGGGCUCAGAAAACGGUUGGCUGGCCCAGGAAACAUAUCUGUACUCCUCGUACGCGGCUCCUAUUCUUCGCCAGCUAGUAUUCAAAGACAGAACGUAUAACGUCACAUCUUUCAACUGGGGCUCUGAUGUCGAUCAUCUAGACUACACUGCAUCACCGGCCAUUGACGAAAUCUCUCCUGACCUGUCGGCAUUCAGUCAGCGAGGAGGCAAGUUAAUCACGCUUCAAGGAUGGGCAGAUCAGUACAAUGCAGCUACGUGGCCAAUCGAGCACCUGAAACAGAUCCAGUCGACUAUGAAAGGGCAAGAUGUCCCUGAUUUUAUCCGAUUGUUCAUGGUUCCUGGGGGUGGGCACUGUGGGGCCAAUUCAGCGUAUACUCACGUACCCGCCACUUACCAUGCUCUUGAUGCUUUGUUGCCGUGGGUGGAGGAUGGGAUUCAGCCCGGGGAAGUCAUGAGCUCGGCACCUCCUGAUGGGUCGAAUACAACUAGGAAACUGUGUGUAUGGCCCAAGGAGCCGAGAUUUCUUAAUGGAAGCCCGGGCGAUUGGCAGAGUUACACAUGUGUUUAG